AUGGCUGCACUCACGAUCAAGGGACACACGGUUGCAAUGGUGCCAUCUCUGCUGGUUGUGACGCUGAUCUUUCGCUCAAAGCCCGAGGUUGAAGCCCUUCACCAUGUGGAGCGGAUUGUAUCCAUGUUUGCGGACGCGUCGGUGGAGCUCCCACUGGCCAAACCCUGCAAGUUCGGGUCGCUGACGCUGCUGGAUCGCAUUCUGGAGAGCCAAUCGGAAGAGUUCUAUCAACGACAUCAAUUCAACCUGUCGCUCCGGGAAGCUGAGAGGCGCAGUGAUGUAGCCAUGACGAAAUGGCUGUUCCAUCAUUUUCGAGGUGGGUUUGGCGUAACUCGAAAAGUAGUGGAGGAGGCCGCGGCAGUGGGGGACAUGGAGAUCCUGGACUACUUCCUAGAUAAUGACAACGACGAGCUAUUAGAGAGCGACGAUGAGAAAACUGAGGAAGAGAAGGGCCUCGCGAGACGCAUGAUGGCUCUUUGGCUCUACAAAUACGUGAACGUUGAGUACAGGGACGAGAAGGAAAGUCUCGAGGCUGCGGCAGUGAUGUGUAAUGUGGAGUUUUUCGAGUGGCUGGACGACAAGAUCGGCCUAGAGAUUGAGGUUGAUAUUAGGGAAGCUGCUGCAAAUGGGCACCUCGAGGUGAAGAGGCUGUACGAGCAAGAUCUGGAGGAGGAAGAAAUGCACUUUGACCGAGGAGUGCUCGUGGCUGCAGUGGAGAAGGGUCAGAUGGAAGUUGUGCGCUGGUUGAUCGAAUACGAUGGAGAAGUUGAGGAUUAUCACAAUGAUACCCAUCUUGAGAGCGAAGAUGGCUACCACAGCGGUGCCAUAUACCCGGAUGGAGUGAAGAAGGAGAAGCCGAUCAGACCUCAGUGCACGACAGACGCGAUGGACGGAGCCGCAGCUAAUGGCCACCUCGAAAUCGUUUGGUGGCUUCAUGAGAACCGAACUGAGGGCUGCACGACGGACGCCAUGGAUUCUGCGGCGCGAAACAGACAUUUGGAGGUGGUGCAAUAUUUGCACGAGCACCGCAACGAAGGCUGCACAAAGGAUGUAAUGGAUGACGCUGCAAGCAAUGGGCAUCUUGAAUUGUACAGUGGCUUCAUUAAAAUCGACAAGAAGGCGGUUGCUAUGGAUGGAGCGGCAAGCGGCGGUCAUCUCGAAGUCGUCAAGUGGCUACAGCAUAAUCGAGCUGAAGGCUGCACCAGUGCUGCAAUGGACGGCGCGGCUGCCGCUGGAGCAUUGGACGUUGUGAAAUGGCUACACAAAAACCGGAGCGAAGGCUGUACUACUGCAGCAAUGGAUAACGCAGCUCGAAGUGGUGAUGUGAAGACGAUUCGUUGGCUGCAUGAGAAUCGGGGUGAAGGUUGUACGACUGCAGCAAUGGACAACGCAGCAUUGGGCGGCCACUUUGAAGCUGUGCUGCUACUUCACAGAGUCACAGGUGAAGGCUGCACUCGAGCCGCGGGUAGCAUGGCGGUCCACGACUCGGAUAUUCAGGACUGGGUAAUCGAGCACUACUUCAGUGAGUGA